AGUUUGAUAUUUUGCUACGAAUCCUUCGUCCUUACUUGUUCGCGUCGCGUGUCGUUGUCUGUGCUCAAUAGAAACAACAUGAAGUACUUUGCUGCCAUCGCUCUGCUGUUCGCCGCCGUCCAGGCUGUGCCCAUUGAGCUGGGUCACUAUGGUCCGUCGCUGGUGCAGGUGCAUCAUGCGCCCGUGCUGGCCCAUGCGGUGCAUGCCGAGCCCGUGGCCUAUCCCAAAUACUCCUUCAACUAUGGCAUCAAGGAUCCCCAUACUGGCGACAUCAAGUCUCAGGCUGAGGAGCGUGAUGGUGAUGUUGUGAAGGGUCAAUACUCGCUGGUCGAGCCCGAUGGCUCUGUGCGCACCGUGGACUACACCGCCGAUGACCACAACGGUUUCAAUGCCGUCGUCCACAAGACCGCGCCCAAGAUCAUCGCACAUGCGCCCAUUGUGCACGCCCCCGUGCUGUCGCAUGGCCCUCUGCUGCACCAUUACUAAAUUCCGUGGAGUCGUCGAGUCAUAAAGGUGCUCCCACACACACUCAACCACACAGCCACAACUCACCCACACAGCAACAAUAAGAAUCAAUAUAGGAACAACAGGCAGAUAAAACAGAUCCAUUGAAACAAGAAUGAACAGAAAAGAAAAGAAAAGAAACAGCAGAUAUAAGAAAAAACCACGUUGUAUGUAAGUAAAAUGUAGCUAAGAAGUUUUUAGUAGAAACGGGCGCCUUAGUGGGUGCCCGGCACCCGGCUGAUCUGGCAUGGCAUGGACGAAGGAAAUACGAACAAGAAUAAAAAAGGAAACAAAAAACAAAAACAAAAAGCGAAAAAACAUAAACAAAAGCAUAUUGACUUGAUCUUGCAUGACAAUGAUGAUGAUGAUGAUAAUGAGAAUGAUGUUGGCGAACGAUAAUGUUGAUAAUGUUUGAUAGAAAGCGUUAACUGAAGCAGCAACGGCAGCAGCAGAGAUCACAGUACACAAAGUUUUUCCACAUGGAUAUAUAUAUAAAUACAUAUAUAUAUAUAUUUACUUGCAUAAUUUGUAUAUUAAUCAAUGUUUCAUAUUAUGUUUAAACAUUUAACAGCACCGAGGCCAGCGAAGCUAACCAAACACAAGUGCAAAGCGAAAGCAUCGUCCGAUCCGAACUUUUAGAACUCCCCCAUGGUUUCUCUAUCACGAAACUAGUUUACUCAAUUUUCAUUUUCAAUGCUCUACACUUUUGUAAUAUAUUUAUGCAACUCUUUCUCUUUUUCUCUCUCUAUAACUCUCUCUCUCUCUCUCUCGCUCUACAUCCUUUCGAUGCCUGAUCCUGUGCCCAAGCGAAGAACUGUUAUGCCCAACACCCAGCUUCGCAUUGUUUGCUUAAUAUUUAAGCAAAUGGAAGCAUUUUGUGCCAUUUCAAUUGGCGCACAGUUUGGCAAGCACUGUGUAGUUGGCCCCCGUGCAUAUUUUUGUUUCAUUCCAUUUCAGUUAGAUCCGAUUCUAUUAUCAAAAUCUCUGAGCCACAUUCACUCACUGUCUCUCACUCACUGUCUCAACUGUCUCAUAAUCUCUUAAUCUAUCUCGCUCUCGCUCUCUCUCAC